AUGCAUCAGAUCUACAGCUGCAGCGAUGAAAAUAUAGAAGUUUUCACCACUGUCCUUCCUUCCAAAGUGUCCAGUCCAGCCAGGAGACGAGUCAAAAGCUCUCAACACCUCCUAACCAAGAAUGUGGUGAUCGAGUCCGACCUGUACGCGCCUCGGGCCCUGGAGCUGCUGCCUUACCGCGGUGACCGCAGGGGCGAUGCCGGAGACAGCCACAGGUUCGGCCGGCUCCAGACAGCCAGGCCACCGGGCGCCCAUCCUACCAAAACGCCUACCAGGCCUGGGGGGAGUUCUGAACUCAAAGCAUCAAACCUGUGUGGGAAUCGAGCAUACGGGAAAUCAUUGAUCCCACCUGUGGCCCGGAUCUCAGUGAAAGCUCCAGCAGGGGUAGAGGCGGCAGCCCCAAGCUCAGAGAAUGGAGCUGCUCUGGGGAGAGGACCUAGACACUUCAAGAAGAUGGCAGAAGAGUAUCCAACCCUUCCCCAGGGGGCAGAGGCCUCUCUGCCGCUGACAGGCAGCAGUGCUUCCUGUGGUGUCCCGGGCAUCCUCAGGAAAAUGUGGACCAGGCACAAGAAGAAGUCCGAAUACGUGGGAGCCACUAACAGCGCCUUUGAGGCUGACUAA